CCGCGCCCCGCGCCCCCGCCGCCGCCCGCCGGCGCGCGCGCUACUUAGCGUCGGGGGUGCGAGCCACCUCCGCCAAUCCACCGGCGACCUCCGCGCGGCACACACAAGUGCUCUCUCGAUACACUCCACAAGUUUACUCGUACAUUCGCGAUGCCGAUGGCGGCUAUUCACACGUACCAAAAUCUCGGUGUUGAUCAGAAACUGACGCACCUACAAUCUCAGGCUCCACGGAGAUUAGCACCUGCUCCCGUGGACCCCAGCCGCUGUAAGAAGAAGUCUUCUUAUCUUCAUCAGCCCUAUCCGACCCAGCCAGCCUCCGUAGCACGUAGGAACGCUCGGGAGCGGAAUAGAGUGAAACAAGUUAACAAUGGUUUUGCGGCACUUCGUCAACACAUCCCUUCGGCGGUCACAGCGGCUCUGGCUGGAGGCAGAGGAUCUUCACGGAAAUUGAGCAAAGUGGAUACUUUGAGGCUAGCGGUGGAGUACAUAAAAAGUUUAAAGCGGUUAUUGGAAGAAAGUGAAGAAGGAUGUUCAGAACAGUCGGGACUGGUCCUUACGACUAAUGGGCCGCAUACUCCACCGCUGUCUGAAGAGUCUCAUUCACCAGCUCCGUCGUUCGUCUCCGAGAGCUCCGCAGGGCCCGGCUGUCACGACGCAUACGACUCAUACGAACCCAUGAGUCCAGAAGAUGAAGAGCUUCUAGACGUCAUUUCGUGGUGGCAGCAACAGUGAUUGAAGGAACCGUAUAUUGCGGUGAUCAAAGUGCGGCCAAUCAGCGGCUUGGUGAUUAUGAAAAAACGAGUAAUCCUCCCGAGGGUCCCGGCUCCCGAGCGCCGGAGCGCAGGGCUCCGAGAGAACCUCUAAUUAAGCGCAAUCAGUAUAUUCCUAAUGAGAGGGGAUAAUGGUGGCCUGUAACGACCCCAUCGAUGCAUUCCGCCGAACGAAUACCCCACUGCAUUUCCCACAUAGAUGGAAUCGCUCUAUGAAGACUGAAUCGAUCAUUUAUUUGUUUCACUUAAGCAUUUAGUUAUAAUUUAAGUGAUUCGAAAUAACGCUGUGCCUUAGUGUAGCCUUACGUAUUAAAGUUACAACUUCCACUUAGUAUGUAGAAUAUACAAUUGUUCAUAAUUGUUAUCUAGUCAUUAAAGUUAAGUAUUGUAUAGUUUAUGUUCAGAUUUUUGAACUUUGUGAACUUGUGUUCACAGUGUUCAUUUUGUAAAAUAUAAUUUUGAAAUCUUGAGACAAAGACUUGUACUGUAUAUAGAUAAGCUAGCACCCUAAGAAAGAUUCCUAAUAUUAUAAGAUUUUUAUGAAGAAAAUACCAGUACUCAACCAGUAGGUUGUAAUCUGUAAUUAAAUACAUUUUUAUAAACUCUUACAUAUUUUUUUUAUUAAAUAUCCCGAUAUUUUUUCCUAAUACGCUAACGAAUAAAACAAAUUAAAUUCUUUUACAAAAAACCAAAAUACAUUUUACAAGAUUAUACAAAUGUUUAUACACGCCAUCUUAGCUUGAAACGUUGGUAUGGCAAUGUUUUAGGCAUUUCAAGCAAAUAAAAUAAAGUGUUAUAUCAGAACACGAUCGAAUCCUAA